AUGGCUGAGCUCCGUUCUCGUUUGAUCGAAAUGGUGCAGAUGUCUAUAGAAAGAAAAAAUGCGCCAUCAGGAGCAGCUGAUGAGCCCCGAUGGGUUCACAUGGAGGCUAUGUCGUUCCUUGACGUACCGAACACGGAACUUUGGGUAGGAGAGCAGUUACGGGAAACGUGUGAUACCCCUGAAACUGCCAACUACAAAAUGCGCCAAAUAGUGGAGGUGGUUCUGCCCUAA